CAUGAAUUUUGAAGCAUUUUGCGCGUAGGAGCAACGCGUCUAAGUGGCAGCGACGCGACACAGUUUGCCGCUGAUUUUAGGGGUCGCAGCACGUCGCCGGCUAUACGAACCCGGAGUGACACACACAUACAUACAGCAGCAGAGUGCAUGAUUGUUGUGUAAUACCAGCAAUUCGCUCGCUCACACACAAACACACACAUGCGCACACUUCAUUUUAUGCGACACGAUUUUCAUAGUCGCCGCUAAGAGCACGCAAAACAAUCGUGCAACAGUGAAAACAACAACAAAAAAAAACGAAAAUAAAGUGUAUUUUGAAUAAAAGUGAAAUAUUACGAAAAGAAAGUCGAGUCGAAAAAACAACAAAAAAAGAAACUAAAAACGACAAUAAACGCGAGUUCAAAACAAACACAAUCAAGUAAGAAUAAAGUGCAACGUUGCAAUCGCAUAUCGCGUCUCGCGCAACCGACCGUGCACCCUGCCCGCCAGCCAGCCAGCCUGCCACAAUGCAAGUUCAAGUUCGGCGUUCUUGAGCUACUUAAGCUACUAGCUAUCGCGCAUAGUUGCAACGUGCCACAUCUUACGCUGUGGUACGUUCGUUCGUGUGGUCGCUCGGUUGGCCAUUGAUUCUUGUUGUGGUCGCGGCAGCAUGAAAUCGAAAUCGAAAUUGAAAUUGAAAAUGGCAAAUACAAAAACAAACACAAACACAAAUCGAAAUCAAAGGCACAGUCGGUGCAACAGCAGCAAUAAAAGUGCACACAAUGCCACUGCUGUUGUUGCCGAUGUUGUUGGCCAAAAGCGCUAUCGUGCUAUAAACAUGUCACGCAACAGCGGCAGCACGUCGUCAGCCCUGCCACAUGGUAGCGCCCGGCAGCGUAGUCGGCAUUACUGCGGAGUCCGCGAAGCACACCCAGGAUUACUCGUUCAUGCAGCACUUUGGCUAGCAUUGUUGUUGGCGCUUGGCGUUGGUGUUGAAGCUCAGUAUCAAUCACCGCGUAUAAUCGAGCAUCCAACAGAUUUGGUUGUGAAAAAGAAUGAACCUGCCACACUGAAUUGCAAAGUCGAAGGCAAACCGGAGCCGACAAUUGAAUGGUUUAAGGAUGGCGAGCCGGUCAACACAAAUGAAAAGAAAUCGCAUCGCGUGCUCUUCAAGGAUGGUGCGCUCUUCUUCUAUCGCACGAUGAUGAGCAAAAAGGAACAAGACAGCGGCGUCUAUUGGUGUGUGGCCAAGAAUCAUGUCGGCAAGGCGAUUAGUCGGAAGGCCACGCUACAAAUUGCCGUUCUACGCGAUGACUUCCGCUCACAACCGAAGGACACACGUGUGGCUAAAGGCGAAACGGCUUUAUUGGAAUGUGGUCCACCGAAAGGCACGCCCGAACCGGCGUUAAUAUGGGUGAAGGACGGCGUACCGUUGGAUGAUUUAAAAAUGAAAUCUUAUGGACCCACCUCACGUAUACGCGUCGUCGAUGGCGGCAAUUUAUUGAUCAGCAACGUGGAGCCCAUCGAUGAGGGCAACUACAAGUGCAUCGCGCAGAAUUUGGUCGGCACACGCGAGUCCAGUUAUGCUAAAUUAAUUGUACAAGUCAAGCCGUACUUCAUGAAGGAGCCGCAGGAUCUCACCGCACUCUCCGGCCAAACGGUGCAGUUUCAUUGUCUCGUAGGCGGCGAUCCACCGCCGAAAAUACUAUGGAAGAAGGAGGAGGGCAACAUACCGGUGGCGCGAGCGCGCAUACAACACGACGACAAAAGUUUGGAAAUCACCAACAUUUCGCCAGCCGAUGAGGGCACCUACGUGUGUGAGGCGCACAAUAGUGUCGGUCAAAUAAGUGCACGCGCCUCGCUGACAGUACACGCGCCGCCCACAUUCGUUGUGAAGCCGCAAGACAAAAAGGUCGGUCUCAACGGCGUUGCUCAGUUUCCUUGCGUUGCCGAUGGCAAUCCGCCGCCAUCGGUGUUCUGGACAAAAGAGGGCUCCUCGACGCUGAUGUUUCCCAACAAUUCGUACGGCCACAUGCAUGUCUCCGUCGAGGGCACACUGCAAUUGAGUGGCGUGCAAAAGGACGACGCCGGCUACUAUGUGUGCUCGGCCUUUAGCGUGGUGGACUCGACGACGAUACGGGCAUUCUUGCAGGUUACCUCUGUGGAUGACACCCCGCCGCCGAUCAUUCAAAUUGGUCCCUCAAAUCAAACGCUACCUAAAGGCAGUGUUGCCAUGUUGCCAUGUCGCGCAACAGGCAAUCCAACACCACGUGUCAAGUGGUACAAGGAUGGCACAAUGCUGCAGAAUGGCAAUCGUUAUACAAUAGUGCAGGGUGGCUCGUUGCGUAUCGAUGACUUACAACAAAGUGACUCCGGCCUAUUUACUUGCACCGCAUCGUCAGAGAGUGGAGAGACCUCAUGGUCAGCAACGUUAACGGUGGAAAAGGGCAGUUCAUCGCUGCUGCACCGCUCGGUGGACCCAAGCGCCUACCCAGCACCGCCCGGCACACCGAAGGUGGUGAACGUCACACAACACAGCAUCGCUCUACGUUGGUCGCGCAGCCAAGAUAAGCCGGGAGCGACUAGUCCAAUUAUCGGCUACACGGUGGAGUACUUCAGUUCGGAUCUGCAGACAGGUUGGGUGAUUGCCGCACAUCGUGUGCCUGAUCAGCAAAUAACGAUCUCCGGUUUAAAACCAGCCACAUCGUAUGUCUUUCUCGUUAGAGCUGAGAAUUCACAUGGACUGUCAGUGCCCUCCGGUCUCUCGAAUGUCAUUAAGACUUUGGGCACAGAAUCGGGUACAGUGCCGCCAAGUGAAAUAUCUGCGGCGCGUGCAGUGUUGAGUGGCAAGGUUGUCGAAUUAAUUGAUGCCGCAGCAAUUAAUUCCACCGCCGUACGCCUGGACUGGGUAAUGCACGUCAGUGUGACGGAGAAAUAUGUCGAGGGUCUUUAUAUUCGUUAUCGCGAUAUAAGCGCCAAUUCGCAGCAAUAUAAUAUUUUGACUGUGCUGAAUCCCUCGAUCGAAUCGCAUGUCGUCGGCAACUUGAAGGAAUAUACGAAAUAUGAAUUCUUCUUGGCGCCAUUCUAUCAGACGCUGGAGGGUCAACCGAGCAAUUCGAAAAUCGUGCAGACUUACGAAGAUGUGCCCUCUGCUCCGCCGGACAACAUUCAAAUUGGUAUGUACAACCUGACAGCCGGUUGGGUGCGUUGGUCACCGCCGCCGCCGCAGCAUCACAACGGCAACUUGUUGGGCUAUAAAAUCGAGGUCACAGCUGGCACUACACUGAAGGUAUUGGCAAAUAUGACUUUGAAUGCAACAACAACUUCUGUGCUACUCAAUAAUCUUACCACCGGUGCAACAUACAAUGUGAGACUAAAUUCGUACACGAAAGCCGGCGAGGGACCAUAUGCAGAGCCGGUCUCACUGUUUAUGGAUCCUACACAUUUGGUGCAUCCGCCACGCGCACACCCUAGCGGCUCGCAUAGCGGCAUAGCCGGCAGUCACGGCCAUCCCGGUGGUGCUGGUGUUGAUGGUGGUCAUUAUGCUUAUCAUCCAGCUGGCAUGCCGGACGAUGCCGCCACCACCACCACACAUCAUAAAUCAACGAAUGUUGUACAUCAAACUUGGUUUAUGGUCUUGGUGAUAGUCUUUCUGCUGGUCAUAUUCUCUGUCACGGUCGGUGUUAUGGUAUUCUUUAAACGGCGACACAAGCUCACCAAAGAGCUGGGUCAUUUAAGUGUAGUCAGCGCCAACGAAAUCACCGCGCUGAACAUCAACGGCAAGGACAGCCUGUGGAUUGACCGCGGCUGGCGCACCACCGACACUGACAAGGACUCCGGCUUGAGCGAAACGAAGCUGCUAUCGAAUGCGAAUAGUCAAUCGAAUUAUACGUCCGAUGGUGGCACCGACUAUGCCGAAGUGGACACGCGCAACAUGAGCACCUUCUACAACUGCCGCAAGAGUCCCGAGAAUCCAACACCAUAUGCCACGACCAUGAUUGUGGGCGCUUCCUCUACAGAGACCACCUGCAUGAAGACCUCCUCGUCGAGCACUGACCAGGAUUCGGGCACAAACUCACCACACUCCGACGGCAAUGCACCACAGUGUGUGGGCGCUAAUGCGCCUGGUGUGCCAAUUGUGGGCAGCGGCAAGCACAACUAUCAUCCGUAUCCGCCAGAACAAUUUAAUUGGUCAGAGUUCUUGCCACCACCACCAGAGCACCCACCACCGCUGCCAAGCGGCUGCAAUGGUGGCGGCGGCGCUAACACAGGCGGCGUAAUCUACGCGCCCGGCUCACCACAAUCUUCACGCAAAAGCUCCAAGAGCGGCGGCUCCGGCAUGUCAACACAUCAGAGCGCUUUGAACUCUUCCAUACACAGCAGCUCCUCGGGCGGUUUCUCCACGUGGGGUGUGUCACCACAAUGCGUUGCCUCGCGGCCAACGGAGAAUUACUACAACAAUCCUUUGCCCUGUGUGGGCGGCUCACAGAAUCGUUACCAGAUCACACCGACCGGUCAACAUCCACCACCGCUGCCACCCUACUUUCCACCCGGUGCUGCGGGCACCGCACAACUACCGCCACGCAACAUACAUAUCCACUACCCGGCGCCAAGGCACGCAAUGAGCGAGUACCAGCCCACGGGCACACACAAUUCACGCUGCUCCAAUGGACGCGCCUGUAAUAGCUGCGAUGCGCUCGCCUCACCGCUCCAACCGCUGCCACCGCCCGGCGACGGCUGGUAUCAGCCACUACAGGCGCACAUGCCGCCCAAUGCCGGCGGCGGCGCUAAUCCCAUCUAUCAAUGUUCCUCCGAGUGUUCCGAUCAUUCGCGACAUUCACAUACGCACACACACGCGCACAGCCACGCACACGCACAUCAGCAACAUCACGGCGCACACAUGCACGCGCAUCAACAUCACGCGCACGCAACGGCGGCCGCGGCGCACGCUGGCAAUGGCAACGACACACUGCGCUCGGAGAGCAGCCAGGAGGGCGGUAAAGGCAAUUAUCGUUGUCAGAAGCAGGUGGGCGGCGGCAGUAGUAACGGCGGCUACGCGGACAUCAACGAGUCGACGGAGCGCGAGCACAUGCUAAAGAGCGUCGGUGGCGGCUGCGGCAAUGGCAACACAAGCACGCUGGGCGGCAGCUCGUCGUGCGGUUAUGAGGUGCUCGGCGAUCACCGAAAUUGCAGCGACUGCUGCAGCAGUUCGCGCGAAGGCGACACCUGCUCGUGCAGUGAGGGCUCCUGCUUGUACGCGGAGGCGGGCGAGCCGGGCAUGCCGCCGCCAAGCAGCGCGCACCUAGGCGGUGGCGGCGACAACCGCGCUGUUAUCGCUGCUGGCAAGCUGGUGACGCAGCAGGGCAAUUGAUAUGCGGCCGGCGUGAGUGAUGUGGUUAUGUACUUUUAGUGGUUACCUACGGUGCAGCUGCCAAUCUAUGAGCAUGCUGUAGGCGUUGGCCGGUGCAACAGUGAAGGUAAUGGCAACAUCGGCGCGGCGCUAAUUUGUGAGUAGUCUAUGUAAGUGGUAUGUAAGUUGAAACUAAGCGAAUUAAGCGUAUGUUGGUGAGUAGUUAAGUAUGUAUGUAUAGUGUAGCCAUAUAAUUGUGUGUGUGUGUGUGUGUGUGUGUAGGUUAAGCAAGUGUUUUAACGAGGCGCAACGUCGCUUGUCUCUGUGUGUGCAUAAAAAUGGUUGUGUAGUUUUAGGCGCCGCCAUAAGGCGCACGACCGCUAACAAUGGCGAACAUUACAUGUAACCCGGACAAAUAUAAAAACAACAACAAACUAACAAGACAAACUUAAAUAGAAAAUAACAAUAGCGAGACUUUAAAGCAGCGCUAGCUGCCGACUGACAGACAAUUGCAUAUUUUUCUAACUUCUAACGGCAUUUACCCACGAAAUCAUAGACACGAACGCGUCAGGCAACAACAAUAUAUUGCUAUGCGAAUGCAACUACUCGCUCAAGGUACUAAAAUAGCAUAAUUUUCCAAACAUUUUCCAAUUUUGCCAGACAACCUCCACUUGCCACUCACACAACCAUAGCUCUCAGUGCCCAAACUCAACCUUGCAGUGCAAUUCCACGCUUUCUCGCGUGACUGCCACACAUUUUGCAAGCCAACAGCGCGUCACCAAAACAAUUUACCAGCGCAAAAGCGACGCGGCGUACCUAGAAUAGCACCCUAUAUGCCUGUUUAUACUCGGAACUACGUAAGCUCCAUUUAGUAAACGCUGUACCUUGGCAUACCGACGCGUCAAUUUAAAAAAUGGCUACCUUUCAGCAGCGACUGCUUGCCACAAUUCAACGUCAAUUGCUGGCAACAUACUUUCAAAUGCAAAUAGUCACUAAGUCACAUAAACAAAAUCAAAUUGUGCCGCCGUCUUGCAGUUGGUAAGCCGUAUAAAUGGUGCUGCUGUUACUAAGCGCGCUUUUGUUCGGCGCACAAAUUUAUGUAACUCCCGCUUUUAUAUAUAAAUACAACUGUACUAUAUAGCACAACAUGUCAAUAGUCUAAAUAUGUCACACUCCGUACGGUUGUUGCAACAAGCAGUAGCAAAGUGGCGUUUUAGCAGUCCUUUAUACUUGCCCCUAAAGCUAUGCUAUGAAAAAUGCCUCAAUCGUUUAACACGCAAUUUCCAAUGUCUGCCCAUUUGGCGUAUAUCCUGUGCUUUUAAGGCACUACGUUUCUUCUUUCACCGUGUUCUUCUAUUUCUUCCUUUUCCUCUUUCUUUGCCGCUUUGAUUGCCAGCAAUCGCGUUUUGUCUACAAUCUAUCAUAGUGCUAGUAUAAAUCUAAGGCAAUGGCGGUAUAAAAGCGAAGUUUAUGCACCAAUAAAUUACCGAAAGCGGUGAUAAAUGAUUGUUUCUUCCGCGCUUGUUGGGUGGUAGGCCAGAGUUUUGCUUGUUGGGCGUGGGUGGCGGCAUGGAAAGGCAGCAGAAGCAGCUUAUUUUCUAUUUUUGUGUAUUUAAAAAUAUUUUAUAACUUUUUUAAUAAAUAAUAAACUGAAUCAUAUGGUUGCUAUUCGCUCUGGCUGCUAAGAAAAACUUUGUGUGCUACAUGUCUACACAUCCUUUGCCUUGCGUGGGCGGCUACAUGUUGCCGUUGGGCUCUUGACUUAACAGUGGUUCACUUAAUUCACAGUGUUAGUCCAGAGUUUACUGCGGGAAAGAAAAAAAUCAGUUUUUUAAGUUUUAUAUUUUAAGUUUCGUCUUAUUAUUAUUGUUUUUUUGUUGUUUUGAAAGGAUUUUGAAAUUAAUAUUUUUAAUUUUUUUUUAUUAUAAGCUAUUUUAAGCAAGCCUAUAAAACCACAUCGCUGUUAAUGCUUUACAUUAAAUCUUCUAUCGCUGUUAUUUUAACAUUUUCUUUUAAAGUGUACACUGAUUGGAAUA